AUAUUGCUCGAAUAUUACCUGAGAAGAUGGUUAAACCCUGUUGGAGAAUAGGUGCCGGUAUGGAGAGAAGUAAGAUCAAUCCCACAAAGGUUGAUGGCUUGACAUGGUAUAAAGAUCUUGGCCUUCACACCUUUGGAGAGUUUUCGAUGGCUAUGAUCCAAGCCAACAGUGUGAUGGAGGACCAGUGCCAGAUCGAAUCAGGGCCACUUACAUUCAACAAUCCGUCAGUUCAAGGCACGUUUGUUGGAGUUUACGAUGGCCAUGGAGGUCCAGAGGCUUCCAGAUUCAUUGCAGACAACAUCUUCCCCAAGUUAAAGAAGUUUGCGUCUGAGGGUAGGGAGAUUUCAGAGCAAGUGAUCAGCAAAGCAUUUGCAGAGACAGACAAAGAUUUUCUCAACGCAGUGAAGAAGCAAUGGCCCACGAACCCACAGAUGGCAUCAGUUGGGUCCUGUUGCUUGGCAGGAGUGAUAUGCAACGGAUUGGUGUAUAUUGCAAACGCGGGAGAUUCCAGAGCUGUGUUGGGCAGAUCUGAGAGAGGUGGAGUGAGAGCUGUUCAGUUAUCUGUAGAGCACAAUGCCAAUCUAGAGUCUGCGAGGCAAGAGCUAUGGUCAAUGCAUCCUAAUGACCCCAAUAUUCUUGUGAUGAAGCACCGCAUGUGGCGAGUGAAAGGCGUCAUCCAGGUCACAAGAUCCAUAGGUGAUGCAUACCUCAAAAGAGCAGAGUUUAACAGAGAACCUUUGCUGCCCAAAUUCAGACUACCAGAACAUUUCACUAAGCCAAUCCUUAGUGCUGAUCCAUCAGUCACCAUUACCCGGCUUAGCCCACAAGACGAGUUUAUGAUCCUUGCUUCAGAUGGGCUUUGGGAGCAUCUUAGCAACCAGGAAGCUGUUGACAUUGUACAUAAUUCCCCGCGCCAAGGAAUAGCAAGGAGACUACUUAAAGCUGCAUUGAAGGAAGCAGCAAAGAAAAGAGAGAUGAGAUACUCAGACCUACAAGAGAUCCAUCCUGGUGUAAGAAGGCAUUUCCACGACGAUAUAACCGUUAUUGUGGUCUAUCUCAACCCCCAACCGGUCAAAACCAAUUCUUGGGCUUCACCUCUGUCAAUUAGAGGGGGAUACCCAAUGCAUUCAACAUCAUGAACAGAUCUUACAGCAAAAACUCUUCCUGUGACAAGGGCGAUAAAUUGGAGCCAGGGUCAAGAAAGAACUAGUAGUAUAGCUAGAACAAUAUAAAUUAUGAGAUCUUUGAUAUGUUCACAAGAAAACAUGAAUUCUCAU